AUGGCCUCCGUCAACACCAAACCGUCGUUCAAGCAGUUUGACGUCGUUAUGGACCACUCAGACCACCAGUACUCGGACAGUAAAUGUCGUUUCAUCGACAGUACGGUCUAUAAGAAGAUCACGCGCGAGUGGAGAAUUUUGGAGAAGGAUCUCCCGGAAACCAUAUACGUGCGCACGUACGAGACACGUGUCGACCUCCUCAGGGCUGUGAUUGUCGGAGCAGAAGGCACACCCUACGAGGGCGGACUCUUCUUCUUCGACAUCAAGUUCCCGGAUAACUAUCCGAACGAACCACCAAAGGUUCAUUACCGCUCGCACGGAUUGCGGCUUAACCCUAAUCUGUACGAGACUGGAUAUGUUUGCUUGAGCCUACUCAACACGUGGUUUGGCCCGGGGUGGGACUCAUCCCAAUCCACCAUCCUCCAAGUUUUGGUGUCGAUCCAAGCGCUUGUUCUCAACGACAAGCCUUACUUUAAUGAACCGGGUACUGGGUUUUUCAACCGGUGGUUUGGCAUGAAGGAUGAGUCCCAAAUAUACAGUGGGGACGCGUUUAUUUCAACAUGCAAGUCAACGUUGUAUUUGCUCCGAAAUCCACCCAAGAAUUUUGAGGCUUUCACUGCCGACCAUUUUCGUGGAAGAGCGAGUGGGAUUCUGAGAGCGUGCAAGGCUUAUGCGAAAGUCGGCUAUUACAGCAAGGAGACUGAGGCAAGCCCGUCUUCGGUUUACCUUGUGAAACAUUCCAGGAAGUUCAAGGAGUCGAUGGAGCAGUUGUACCCACAGCUGGUUGAGGCUUUUAAAAAGAAUGAGGCUUCUCGAAAGAACAAUCCGGUCAAGGAAUUUACUUCUCGGAAAAACAAUCCAGUCAAGGAAUUGAUGGCAGAGAGGAGUUCGACGAAGUUUGCAGAUCAAGUGAAGAAGAAAGCUAAGCCGGCCUUUACUCCGGGCCGGUUAUUGUCCGCUGCAUUUUUGGCCUCUGUAGCUUUUGUUGUAGUAGUAGUAUGUAGAAAGUAA